AGUAACAUGGACGGGGACCUGCCGAGCUUGGCUCUGCACACAGCAGAGCUGCUGUCAGCCCGCUUCAGGGACCUGCUCUCCCAGGGACAGGGCUACGUCCGGGCCCGGCUCGGGCUGGACCUGGGGCUGCGGCCCGAGCUGUUCCCGCCCUGGCUGGUCCUGGUGCUGGUGCUGGUGCUGGUGCUGGUCCUGGCCGGGGCAGCGCUGCUGCUGGUCGGGGCGGCCUGGGCCGCCGGGGCCGGGGGGAGGCGGCGGGGAUCGGGCCCGGUGCCCGGUCCCAGUCCCAGCAGCACCGGCCGAGCCGGCACCAGCACCGCUGGGACCGGCCCGGCCCAGACGGAGGAACCCAGGAAGAGGAACAGAAAGAAAACCAGUGAAAAGAAGACCCAGUCCAACGGACAACCGGUGAACGUGGCUCAAGAGGACGUUAAAGUGGCCGAGGCAGCUUCUAAACUAGCACCACGUAAAACAGCUGAGAAGGUAGCGGUUGUUCAGGCUCCGCUGCAGGUGAAGAAAAACAAGAAGAAAACCAAGUCAGAAGUGAAACUUGUUCAGCGUGUUUCCAAGAACGAUGCGAAGGAACCUGAUGAUGCGGGUGCGUGGGAGACCAAAGUCAGCAACCGAGAGAAGAAGCAACAGCGCAGGAAGGAGAAAGGCCCUGAGGACUCUGCUAGUCCAGGAGGCUCCCUAACCCACCCAGAACCUGCAACCACAGCACAUACCAAGAAGAACAGAAGAAACCAUGAGACCCAACAUGUGAGAGUGGCCACAAAGGUUGAUGCCUCCAGUGGAGCUGCUUCCUCCGCUUUGAAAAAGGAUCCUCCAGUCGGUGGUGCAGGCUGGUCAGACAUGUCCUUAAAGGUCACAGGUCAGGGGGGUUCGGUCGAAGGAACAAAGUGGAGCUCCGUGUCGACGAAGGGGCAUUACAGGCCACGGCCUGAACCGCAGUCCUGGGCUCAGGAGCCACAAGCAGCAUGGAGCGGCAUUGAUGGCCGGAUAAAAGCCGACCUCCGCCCCGUGUCCUUCUCCGUCCUGGGACUGAACGCCACAGACUCACUAUCCAACUCAGCUGAGCUGCAGUGGGCGAACUACCCUGUUAAUGACGAGUGGUCAGGAUUCAACGGGAUAGCAGCAGAUACGGGAUCUGACUGGAGCGCCCCAGUAGAGCACUGGGGGAACUACGAGGAACCACCUGCAUUAGCAGAACCAACUGCUCUGCAGAAGGAUCCACCUGUGCAUAAAAAGGUAUCAGGGGAUGAGAAGGACGCAGAAGAUCCUUCUGGAGGAACAGCAACAUCUAAAAAGAAGAGGAAAAAGAAGAAGAAAAUAGAAGAGGAGGUUGUGUCUGACACUCAGAGGGUGAACUCGGUUCCUUCAGCAGCUCCCAAAGCCCAGGAGCUUCCUGUGCCGUCCUCUAAAAAGCACAACACGACCAUUUCCUCCUCCCACAAGAAUCCAGAGCCGACGGUUGAGCCUCCGAAGCCGUCCCAGAAGAAGAAGGCCAGGAGAGAACCUUGAAGUGACACCACAGGUCCAUACCAAGCUUAUAUGCAAAUGAUUGUUAAAAGUCUCACAUGCAAUAAUGUCCAGGUACACUUUCUUUCUGGGAUAAAUAGCAAUGAACCGAACACAGCAACAAAAAUGACAAAAGCAGCAGACAACCUGCUUGGAUAAAUACUGUACAGUGAUGAAAUGUGGUCCUGUGGACUGAAACCUUAACUAACUUUUGCACUAUUUGCUGCACUGCAACCAGAGUGGAGUUUCAGGUGGUACUUUUAGCAAAAGUCUGCGUUUAUAACUUAAAAGUUUUUUUUUUUUUUUUUUUUUGUAACUUUCCUUCUACAAGAGUUUUUGUAAUUAUUAACCCAAAAUAAAACAUACGGGUUAUGAUUUUUAUUUUUUUUAAUUUUCUGCAAAAGUUUUAGCCAAACGAGAACAAUGUAGUUUUGUUGCCCCAAAUGAUGCACUUUGUGUUGUCUGCCGGGCUGCUGCCCUUCACGGAUAACCCGGGUCCGUUCUGGGGUUUGGGCUAAGGGAUAGUCUAGGUUUGGUUCAGACCCGUCUCAGUGCAACGCUCACGCGUACAUCUGCAGGGACACAGUCCAGGGUCUUUCCACAACACGCUGAGCUGAUUGCUUUUUCUACAACAACUGUACUGCGCGCACGUGGGGGCGAACAUCCAAGCUCCCGUAAAACAAACGUGUUUGUAUUUUCCGAGCCGGUUCUGUUUUUGUUAGAUCAUUUCCUCGUGGUGUCUCCGCUGACAUGAAACGUGAGCUAAAUAAAUGUACGUGUAAACUGUUUGCAGUGAAAUUUACGCACAUUUUGAUACUCGUGAAGAUGUUUCUACUUCCAAACGUUUUGUAGGUGUGAACUAAAACUACUCGUGCCUGUGACCAUGCGCAGAUGUGGUCGAAAUAGGGACAAAUAACUAUUUCUCUUCAUUUUCAGAAUUUAUUCAGAUAGUUUUGAGCACGAGAAUAAAUUACAACAAUUUAAGAUUCAAAUGAUGUUUGUUAAAAUGCGUUCUAUGACCUCUGUGGACGUAUGUCGCCGUCUCCACCAGGUAUGAUUCCUCACAAAGACAGGAUUUACUUUGGGAUGUCCCCUCUGGUCCACCCCCCGUUACGUGUGCGCCAUUUCCACAACGAUAAACUUUAGUAGGCUGCCACUUUGUGACUCAUCAUAAACAUGCUCUUAAAAUCUAAUCUGAGAUUAAUGUGGCACUUGUGAAUCCAGAGUCGGUUUUAGUGAGGAGGUGAUUAAUGUUUAAAUCCACUCAGAUUUACAAGAUUUAAUGAACGAGGCCCAGUGUGCUCCUGCUAGAGUUUCAUCGUCGUAGUUCCUGCAGCUUUGUUUCCUGGGAAAAAGUACUCACAAUAAAAUUAUAGGAUAAAGAGGCCAACUGCAUUUAUACAUGUAGCUUUCUAUUUGAGACAUCUUUUGAUUUAAAAACGUAGUUAAGUGAAUUUGGUUCUCACCAGCUAUGGUGGACAGAGAGGACGACUGAACACAGACUGACGUUGGGGUGUUGUAUUACGGUAGAAUUGUCCGUGUCUUUCCCUGACAUGACACCUGUAAGUGCAGCCCGACUGUGUUGGCUGUGUAGCCUCAGAUGAAUGUGAGCUGUGAUUUCCGUCAGUGACGGUGGCGUGAAAAGCAUUCCUGCUGUAGAAACCUCCCCAUAACCAGUGAAGAGGGCUGUCCAACUGCACACACUCACACUCGCAUCUGCUAAAUACAUGCUUCAGUUCACCGGUUGCAUUUGAGAUUAAGGCUUUCAGAGUUUUUUGAAGCAGCAGUGGACUGAGUUUAUUAAUUUAAUUUGAAACAAUAAAACAUAUUUAAACGUCACUUGACUCAACAGUAACUGAUACGAACCAGCAGGGGGCGCUGCAACAUGAAGUUAUGGGUUUGUGAAAUUAAACCAUUAGUCAGGGGCAGUGCUUUUUAUUUUUAUCAUGGCACGAUGGUUAUUUAUAUCUUUAUUUUAAUUGGAUUUUGUUUUUUAAUGGCUCCUUCUGCACUCUGUGAUUUUCUUUCUGUUUUUUCUAAAAGCAAUUUCUUCCAGUUUUGUGCUAGAAAAAGUCACGCCAUACAGAAUGUAAGGGCUUUUUCCUCUUCUGUAACUGCACUGUGCAAAAUGCUGUAAUGAAUUUACAUUUUUAGCGUGGAUCGAUUGUUUUGAAAUAUCUUUUGUGGAAUGUGAAACUUUUUUUAGUUUUUUCCUGACUUCCAUGAUUUGUGAAAAUGAUUUGAGAAGAAAUGUUUUUAAACUUGAGUUGUGAAUGAAAACUUCCAUAAAGAUGUGAUGUAGAGCAGCUUUAAUCAUAAGUUUGUUUUAAAUUGUGUGUAUGUGUAUGUGUGUGUAUGUAUAUAUACACACACAUAUAUUAGGAACAUGUAUUAGGAACAUGAGGAACUGAAUUCCUUUGCCUUAAUCUGUUGUAUAGACAGUACAUCUGAAUCAUUUUUAUCGAUUUCCAAGGUUUGAUGUCGGAACUGAUUUAAUUUUGCAUGAUUUUGACGGUGAAACUUUGUGUACAUGAAAUGAUCAAUCUUUUGCUUUAAAGUUUUUUUUGGUCCAGGCGUACCACUUAGCAUAAAGACGAGCUUGUGCAGCUUUUAUGUCCGCUGGAGGACUUCCUGUUGUGGCCAGAGAGUCUGAUUGCAUCAGCGUCAUGAAGGUGUCAAUCAACUGGUUCUGGAAAAUUGAUUCUGCAUCUGGAAAAUGGCUAAAUGAUGUGUUGCAGGGGCUCAGGUGGCCAUUCGUUCACUUUUUUUCUGAUGAAUAAAAUGAUUGAGUCAAUUAUUUAUAAA